AUGAGAUUCUUGAUUGACGGCGUGCCAAUCUACUUUCCAUACGAAAAAAUAUACCCAGAACAGCUGAAAUAUAUAAAGUCUCUUCUAAAAAGCAUCCAAACCCCGGGACACGUUCUUAUUGAAAUGCCAUCGGGAACAGGCAAAACAGUAGCUCUUCUCAGCUGCACGGUUUCCUAUCAACUUCACAUGAAGGCGAAGGGAGUGCCGUUUAAAAUUGUUUACUGCUCGAGAACACUUCCAGAAAUAGACAAGGCGCUGAAAGAGUUGAGGAGUCUCGUUGAGUACAUCAAAAAACAUGUUAGUUUUGAUUUCCUAGGGGUUGGGCUAAGCAAAAGAGGCAAUAUGUGCAUAAAUAAAGAAGCUUUGGGAAGCUUUGAUGUCGAAAUCACAUGUAGAAAGAUGACUAAUCACUUUGAAAACAUGAAAUGCGAUUUUUAUGAAAACAAAGCAACAUCAAUACCGUACGGUGUGUAUGAUUUCACAGAAAUCAAAGAGCUUGGAGCUAAGAUGGGAGUGUGUCCGUAUUUCUUUGUAAGAAAUCAUCUACCACUGUUUGAUUGUAUAAUCUACCCUUACAAUUAUCUGAUUGAGCCAUCUAUUUUUAGCAUAAUAUCCAAAGAGCUUCCAAAAGAUUCAUUCGUGGUCUUUGAUGAAGCUCACAACAUCGACUCUCACUGCAUCGAGGCCCUGAGUAUUGAAAUUUCCAGGAACACUCUUGAAGCAGCCUCCAGAAUUAUGUCAGUUAUUGAAAGCAAGAUAAAGAGCAAAAAGCAGGAAAUAGAUAGGAGAUUAAGGAAAGAAUAUGAGCUGAUGUUUAAAACCAUGGAGUAUACGGGCGAAAAUACAAUACCCCAUUUUUUUAACACAAACAAGCCUGAGCUGGCACCUGGGAAUUUGAGAAAUGCCAGUCACUUUGUUAGUGUUAUGAAAAGAUUAAUUGAGUUUUUAAAAACUAAGCUCAAAACGACACACUUGACAGUAGAAUCAAUCAAGUCGUUUAUACAAAGCAUCAAGGAGCUAACCUUUAUUGACAAGAAAACACUAUCUUUUGUAUCUCAAAGAAUGGGAAUUAUGGUCCAAAGCUUGGGAGUUGAGGAUGACGAAUUAUACAAACUUUUAUCAAUAGCUAACUUUGGAACAAUGCUAAGCAUAUAUUCAAAAGGAUUUUCUGUGAUAUUCGAACCUUAUGAUACGAUGUCUGGGGUAUUCAAUCCCGUUCUUAGGCUUUCAUGUCUCGAUGCCAGCAUUGCAAUGUCCCAUGUUUUUAAAAACUUUAGAAACGUCAUAAUUACGAGUGGAACACUCAGUCCAAUUGAAAUGUAUCCGAAAAUACUGAAUUUUGUGCCUUCUAGCAUAGUAGAGAUAGGCAUUACCCUAUGCAGGAACUCGACGUCACCUUUGAUUAUCACUAAAGGAGACGACCAGAUGCUGCUGAAGAAUUCAAAAGAUGAUGAAUAUGAAAUGUUGGAAAUGCAGAAGAGCAGCAUGUCACAAGCGGAUGGCAAAAUCACAACAUCCUUUGCGUUGAGAGCAGAUCCUUCAGUGGUUAGGAACUAUGGCAAUUUGAUAACAUCGCUAAGCAAAAUAGUGCCCGAUAACAUAGUCGUGUUUUUCCCCUCGUAUAUCUAUAUGGAGGAGGUGAUAACAUUGUGGUCCGAAUCAAACGUCAUGGAGGAGAUUUUGCAAAGCAAACUGGUAUUUAUUGAGACUCCUGAUUUUAGAGAAACCGAAACGGCACUGAGAAACUAUCGUAAGGCUUGCGAUAUGGGUAGAGGCGCAGUGCUUUUUAGUGUGGCAAGGGGCAAAGUUUCAGAAGGUGUAGAUUUUGAGCACGGAUAUGGCAGGGCAGUGGUAAUGCUAGGUGUUCCGUUUAUGUACACGGAGAGCGUACGGCUAAAAGAGAGGCUAAAAUACAUGAGACAGGAGCAUGGUAUCAAGGAGUAUGAGUUUCUCGUGUUUGAUGCAAUGAGACACGCAGCACAGUGUCUAGGACGAGUGCUGAGGAAUAAGACCGACUAUGGAUUGAUGAUAAUGGCAGAUCAACGAUUUGGAGCACAAAGUAAAAUCAGCAAAAUGCCGAAAUGGAUCCAAGAGAGAAUAGAAAAAGGAAACUGUGGACUGAGCAUUGACAUGGCACUUUCAAUAGCUAAAAUGUUUUACAAAGAAAUGGCCCAGCCAGUUUCUGGAGAUGGUGUGGCCUUACUUGAUGAAAAAGACAUAGAUGUGUAUCUGAAGAAAAUGUGA